AUGGCUCAACGUGGGGACAACUUUAUCCUGCAUGACAAUUCAGAGAUCAAUCCAAGUCCCCAAAACCUUGCCACAGCACUCAUUGUAAUCGGGUGGACCACCCACAAGCCAUACAGGCCAUACACCUCUUUCACUCCAUGUGAACAGCAUUCCAGCCACUCUCCACACCAUGUGUCCAAGUCUACCCCUCAAUCCCACCCGUUAAAUAUUUCCUCCCUCCAAUCCACUACACUCACCAGCUCUUCAUGUGGCCCCACCGAGUCUUUGUCCCCGCCUCCUGCUACCAUUUCAUUCACGUCCCCUGGCCCUUCAUCCAUUCCAAUAGCAUCUCUAGAUAUCUCUGCUGCACUUGUUCAUCCGUCUUCUCCGAUAACUGCCCAGAUAACCAUCACUGACGCUCAACAAAAUGAUGCUCCCAUGGCCGAUGCUCCUAUAAACGAUGAGCCACCUUCCCAUGCCAAUCAUGAAAUCCCAAUAGAUCAAGAUGUGCCAGCAGCCACUCUGCUCCCGCUCAUCAGCCCUAUAACCCAUUCGGAACCAGUGUCCGAUAUUCCUACAAUUGGUAAAUCAGCAAUUGACAAGGUAGUUGUGCCUGCUCUCAGGAGUGCAGUUGACGCUAUGAUACCAACAAUUAUUGAACGGAUAACUGGUGAAAUUAAGAGCAUCCACUCUACCUGCUUUCACACCACUCCACCUGCUCUCACAUGCGCCUGGAAACAUUGUGGGUCAUCUAAAGAUGACGAUGCUAGCGAGCCUGAUUGUGACGACAAUCUAACACCUUCUUCUCCUCACAGGAAGCACCCGGGGAAGCAGGGCAUCAAGAAUCAAUUACAUCGCUCAAUUUGGAUAUAUCUAUGGGAGAAACAUCUUCUACGAUCCAAGACUGGUCCCUUGCCACAAUCACCUCUGUCGCAAAUGGUUCACACUUUUAUUCAUUACAAUGAAAGCCCACCAAGUUUGGGCAACAUCACCAUCGACUGGCAAGACUCUUUGAGAUCCUCUCUAUGGAAUAUGGAGGCGAUCAACUUGAUGGUGGUGGACUUUCAAGAAAAAAUUCAGACAGGUAGUUAUCCAUUCAGUAGGAUGUUUAUCAUUCUGCCAACGUCCAUUGAUGAAACCCAUGAUAUGCAUGGGGAGAGUUACUUAUCAAAUGCAUUCUCGCCAUCUCAAUCAAACACCCCUAUUUUCACAAGUUCCUUGGUUGACACUCUCAGCAAUGGAGAUACCCAAAACUUUUAUGAGCGGUAUUCCACCCCAGUGGACCUUUUAGUGGGGUACUCAGAGGGCCACUAG